AUGAGGUUUGAAUCCAUGAGCUUGCAAAAAAGUGAUGUUAUCGUCGAGCUUUCGUAUCUCAUCUUUCGCAACUCACAACCCCUUUACACAUUCUCCUUCUUACAGACUCUUGUCUCUUCUUCCUUCUCAAUCACACUGUUGCUUCUCUCUCAAACCCAUUAAACAAAAUAAUGGGUUCUUUUCUAUACCCAAUAAUAACCUUCAAUCUUCUUCUUCUUUCUCCAAAGUUUCUCCUUUUUCAGGAUUAGAGGAUGUUUUUGUGAGCUUCCUCAUUGGAAAGAAAAGGGCAACGGAUGUUGCACACAUGGUGUGGAAACAUGUUGUCCAGAAAGGAGACACGGUCAUUGAUGCCACGUGUGGUAAUGGUUUUGACACCUUAGCAUUGCUCAAUUUGGUUGCUGAUGAUUCACAUAAUGGUUAUGUGUAUGCAUUGGACAUUCAGAAAGAUGCUUUAGAUAAGACUUCAUUGUUACUAGAGGAAUCACUUAAUUCCAAUGAGAAACAACAUGUGAAGCUCUUCAAUAUUUGCCAUAGUAAAAUGGAGGAAGUUGUUCAAAGGAAUGCCUCUGUUAGGCUUGUUGCAUUCAACUUAGGUUACCUUCCGGGAGGCGACAAAGAACUAAUAACAAGAUCAGAAACAACAUUACUGGCAUUAGAAGCUGCAAAGAGAAUUCUAAUACCAGGAGGGCUCAUUAGUAUUGUGGUAUAUAUCGGCCACCCCGGUGGAAGUGAAGAAUUAGAGGCUGUUGAAACUUUUGCUGCUAAAUUGUCUGUUGAGAAUUGGAUCUGUUGCAAGCUUCAAAUGUUAAACCGGCCAUGUGCUCCGAUACCAAUUUUCUUGUUCAGAAGAUAAUGUAAAUACCUGCCAUAUGAUUUUUUGACUAAGAACAUUAAGGAUCCUUGUGUCCUUAUAAAACAAUAAGUUCUAUUCUUGUGAAUUAUUUUAAAGGAAAGUGAUUCUUAUACCUCUCUUUUGUUC